CUGUCGUGCGAUGCCCAUAGACUAUCACACAGAGCCUCCUUAUUGCAUCAGGCAUCGUCCACUCGGCAGAGAGACAGAAAGGACAGCUAGACUACAUGUCAUGGACUGGUGGACUACCCUGGCUGCGAGUAUAGCCUUCCUCUGGCUGCUGUGUUAUAUCGACGGUAAGAGAACCUGGUUAGCAGAGGUAUGGGAGCUUUCUUCGUCAAGGGAACGGUGCGGUAUUGGCACGCGCACGGCUCUUCCUCCUUAUUGCGGCAACGCCGUCCUGGAGCUGCGGCUCCUCCUCCACGCCCUCACCAAAGCAGCGUGCCACCUGUACCUGGCCGUGCUCCCACUGCGGCGCGCCGCACUGCACCUUGUCCGCUUUGUCUGUCACCUGGUAAACCAUGGCCCCGCCUCCGCUGGCCGGGCGUCUCCUCUUCUCCUCGAGGGGGUGUGUGUGAUAUGUGAAGCGGUACCAGACCUGCUGGGAGCCGGGCUCAGUCUGUGUGCAGUAGUCUGUCACAUCCUACAGGGGGUACUGUUCCUGCUGGCCGCCACGGUGAGGUCGGUCCAGGUGAGUGUUCUGGCCCAGAUGGACGGGGAGAAGGAGAGGUGGGAGAAGGAGCAGCAUCAAGCUCGGCAGGACGAGAGGAGACAGAACUCUGGGGUGGUGGAAUACCUGUCUGUGUUCUGUCAAGACCCCAUCAGUUCACUACGACUCAGAGUGGACAUGAUCAAUAGAUAACAUCACCGUCUGUCUGUCUGUCUGUCUGUCUGUCUGUAAAGGUGGACAUUAUCAAUAGAUAACAUCACCGUCUGUCUGUGUGUCUGUAAAGGUGGACAUGAUCAAUAGAUAACAUCUCUGUCUGUCUGUCUGUCUGUCUGUCUGUAAAGGUGGACAUUAUCAAUAGAUAACAUCACCGUCUGUCUGUCUGUCUGUCUGUCUGUCUGUCUGUCUGUCUGUCUGUCUGUCUGUCUGUAAAGGUGGACAUUAUCAAUAGAUAACAUCACCGUCUGUCUGUCUGUCUGUCUAUAAAGGUGGACAUGAUCAAUAGAUAACAUCACCGUCUGUCUGUCUGUCUGUCUGUCUGUCUGUCAGCGUUGGGCUCAAUUCAGACUUGAGUUACGAAUACUUAAAAUUCUAAUUAAAUUCUUGAAUUUGAAUUGAAGUAGUAAACAGGAUGCAGAAUUGAAAUUAGAAUGAAAGGAAAUAGAAUUGAAUUCAGUGAAAUUCAAAUGCCUCUUGUAUUGUAUAUUAGGUGUAGUCUAUAACUAUAUAUAUAUUUAUCACGUAAAACAUGUCAUUAUAUACAUGCCUAAUUAAAUAAAGGUUAAAUUAAAUAAAUACGUAUACAUGCAUAUAAAAUAUUGUUGAAACAGUAGAUUUUUAGGACAAACUCUCUUCCAAUUAAUGAUCUAGGACAACAAAUCCUGUAUGCAAAUAUUCUGUUUUCAUUAAUCACUUAUUAAUCACAUAUAUAUAUAUAUAUAUACAAUUACUGUAUACAUAAAACAUUAGUUUCACCCCUUUUUUCCCACAGAACAGCCUCCAUUUGUCGGGCAGGGACUCUACAAGAUAUCAAAUGUGUUCAUCAGGGAUGCUGGCCCAUGUUGUCACAGGGAUGCUGGCCCAUGUUGUCACAGGGAUGCUGGCCCAUGUUGUCAUUUAGCAGACGCUCUUAUCCAGAGCGACUUACAAAUUGUCCCACACCAUGGAUCAUUGAGCUCCUUCAACAUGUAAUCUGUCUUUCUACUCUUUUCUAACUUGUCAGAGCCUUUCUUCACGGCAGCUUGGGGAUUGUUGUGCUCAUUGACUUGGACUAUAAAGUGUUUAGGGGCCAGUUCAGAUCAGGUUGAAUUGGACUUUAAAGGGUUUAGGGGCCAGUUCAGAUCAGGUUGCCAUCUGACUGAGAAACAGCAACAACAGCAGGGUUCAGCUCUGGAGUGGAGGGUACUGUCGGUUACUGUCUGUUAAUGUUAGUCUGUUGAUGUUACUGUCUGUUACAGGCAGUCACUGUUACCGUCUGUUGUUGUUACUGUCUGUUACAGGCAGUCACUGUUACCGUCUGUUGAUGUUACUGUCUGUUACAGGCAUUCACUGUUACCGUCUGUUGUUGUUACUGUCUGUUACAGGCAGUCACUGUUACCGUCUGUUGAUGUUACCGUCUGUUGUUGUUACUGUCUGUUACAGGCAGUCACUGUUACCGUCUGUUGAUGUUACCGUCUGUUGUUGUUACUGUCUGUUACAGGCAGUCACUGUUACCGUCUGUUGAUGUUACUGUCUGUUGAUGUUACUGUCUGUUGUUGUUACUGUCUGUUACAGGCAGUCACUGUUACCGUAUGUUGAUGUUACUGUCUGUUGUUGUCAGUGACUGUCAUUUACUCUCCAAUACUGACUGUUACAAUCCUUUAAUGUCCGUUACUGCUCACGAUGACCAGCAUCCCCAUGCUACGUAAGGAAGGGGGGAGGCCAACAUUAGAGGGAACAGUCUUUGCUGUACAUGUUGAAAUAAAACAUGGAAAUGAAUUCCAAAUCAAAUGGUG